AUGGUGACAAUUAUGCCGGUUGACAGUAGGAGAAUUGUUGAUCUCUCAUAUGAUUUGGAAUUUAACAGUAUGACGUAUCCAUUUAAUCCCAGAUUCAACCUCUCGGUACAGCAUAAAGGACCGUAUGGACCCGCCCCUUGGCUGCAAAUUGGGAACGUAGAAUUUGCAGUGCAUACCGGUACACAUGUAGACUCUCCAAACCACUUUCGCAAAGGAGGUCUGCAGGCUCAUCAAAUCAAGAUAGAACGGCUGAUGGGGCCAGGGGUGGUGAUCAAUGUCAAUGACAAAGUAGUUCAAAACAUAGACUAUCAGGUCACCCACAAGGACCUAAUGGCUUGGGAGGCGGAGAACGGUCCGAUUCCCAAGGGAGCCAUCGUACUCAUGAACUCCGGCUGGGGCUCAAGGUAUCCAGAUUUUGAACGCGUCUACAACUCUUCAACGUAUCAAGAUGACUUUUCUUCUCUGCACUUUCCAGGAAUUCACGAGAAUGCUGCACAGUGGCUGGUCAACAAUCGUGACAUCAAUGCUGUAGGCGUAGACACGCCCUCGGGAGACUACGGAAAAAGCGAAACCUUCCCCGUACAUCGACACUUGUUAACGAAAAAUAUCCUUAUAAUUGAAAAUGUGGCAAACAUGGACAAACUUCCAAACAGUGGAUCUUAUUUAUAUCUCCCCAUGAUCAAGUUCAAGGGAGCUUCCGGUGCGCCUGCGCGAAUUCACGAAAAUGCUGCACAGUGGCUUGUCAACAAUCGUGACAUCCAUGCUGUAGGCGUAGAUACGCCCUCGGGAGACUACGGACAAAGCGAAACCUUCCCCGUACAUCGACUAUUGUUUACGAAAAAUAUCCUUAUACACAUGUAA